CCUAAGUGAAAUAUGGAUGCGAAGGACAUCUUAGGAUUGCCCAAAAAUGGGCCGUUGAUGUCCCAAGAAAAGAAAUCGAGGCCUCAAAAAGAAUCUCAAAGGAAACCUGAUGGCAUUUCCCGAGAGGUUUAUGCACUUACAGGUGGCAUUGCACCUCUUAUGCCUUCUACUGAUAUCAAUCAAUUGAAACGAAAAGCUCUUUCUGAGUCCGAAAAGAUUACGUGGCAAUGGCUUCCUUUCACAAGUUCUGCUAGAAAAGAUAACUUACAGCUUUAUCAUUGGGUCAGAGUUGUUAAUGGUGUUCCGCCUACAGGUGACUAUUCGUUUGCCAAGUAUAAUAAGUCAGUGGAUGUGCUCGAGUACACUGACGAGGAGUAUGAGAAGUACUUGUCCAAUCCUUCAUGGACCAAGGAAGAGACAGAUCAAUUAUUUGAUCUGUGCAAGAGGUUUGAUCUCCGUUUCGUUAUCAUAGCUGAUAGGUUCCCUUCAAAUCGUACAGUUGAGGAACUGAAGGACCGCUACUACAGUGUAUCUCGUGCUAUCACAAUUGCUAGGGCUCCAUCUCCUACCGAUGUUGCUGUACAUCCCCUUGUUAAGGAGCCUUACAAUGUCUCUCAAGAGAUUGAGCGAAAACGUGCACUGUCGAUGGUGCUCUCACAAACAAAGCUGCAAGAGCGUAGAGAUGCAGAGGUUCUUGCUGAAGCAAAAAGAAUAUCCGAGUCGAGAAAAGCUGCUAAGGCAGCUGAAGAGACAGAAAUUCCAGAUGUGUCAGAUGCUGGUCCGGAAGGCGCUGAAAAGGCUGCUGGAAUUGAUGUAACAUCAACCUCCCCAAGUGCUCAAUUACCCUCUGGGAUUGCUGCACCUGCAGUGUCAGAAACUGCUUCCACUUUGGCUUCUCUUCGCAUGCUGCGCGUGUACUUGAGAACAUAUGGACUAGAGCAAAUGGUGCAAGCUGCGAGCUCUGCAGCUGGACUUCGGACAAUCAAACGGGUCGAGCAAACUUUACAAGACCUUGGGGUUAAUUUGAAGCCAAAGGUCCCAACAAAACUUGUCUGUGCUGAGCAUCUUGAACUGAGGAAAGAGAUACUAACGCUGUUAAAUCUUCAAAAGCAGGUACAAUACAAGGAGGCAGAAGGCUCAUCUUAUCGUGAAGGUUCAUAUUCUGAAACACCUGGUACACCUCCUAAGCGUACGCAACGUGCUACUGACCAAGAUAGAACAUUCGUCCCCGACUCUGCAAUUUUUGGAGGUGAAAGAGCUGGUAAAAAGGACCAGAAACGCAAGGGGCCUGGACGAUUAUCAGAAGUUCCGUCUUCUCCAGCACAGUCAAAACGGCCGCGCAAGUUAAAGACUUCAGAUGGAUGAAUUGGAGGCAGGACUAAAGCUACAAGAAGCUGUAUAAGCUGCUUGAAUCAAGGCAAAUCGCCUCAAUGGAAGAAUUUCUUGUGCCAUUGUGAUGUGUUCUGCACCUUUUUGAAUUUCCUCCAGCAUGAAACAUGACCGAGCCUUGCAAAAGUUCAAAUGUGGCUGUCUCAUUUGGGUGACACAAGAAAUGUGAGAUGCCCCUCUAAUUAAUGCCUUUCUAUGUAGAUUGGGUCCUCCUUUGCUUCACAGUACAGUCCAUGCAGUCUGUAAAUAUAUCUGUAUCUUAAAGUUGUGAUUAGCAUGUUAGCCUCGCCUUUCUACCAUAUCUGUUUGGCAUUUCAGUAAAUUAUUGAGCCAUGUUUGCUGUUUUUGUAUUAACAAAUCAAAGUAGUUGUGCUUUAGUUGCGUUUAGAUUGCUUUACCAGGAUGGAUGGAUAUGAGUUGGCACUGCAUAGAAGAUGAAACGGAAAGUGUCAGUGAUUCUUUGGGCCCUCAUUGUGAACCAUAACAGCUUUGGUGCAGCUGUUUCUCUCUCUGGAUUAUCUUCUUUUCCGAUAUAUAGAUAUGGUUAUUGUAUUCGAUGGAUGUAAAAGUACAUAGUACUGUAGUUACAUAUAAUGAGUGUCCGAGACGUAUAUUAAUUUCUGUACUCAAA